AUGGCUUGCAGUUUAAACGGACUAACAGUCGAAGAUUCAAUUCCGAUCAACAUGGAUGACUUGCCAUCAAAAUACUCUCCAAUGUCAGAAGACUCGGACGAAACAAACUCACCACACCCGACGUUGUCGUCGUCACACCAUUCACAUACAUUUCCCUACCUCCAUGAUCACCAAUGCGACAAAUUUGAAAACAGAGUAUCCGGAGUUGUUGUCUAUAAAGGAAUCUCUUGUCAAGUUUGUUUUCGAACCCAACAAGAAGGCAUAGAUCAAAUGUUGAAGAUGGAGGAGGGUCUUGAACAAAGAAAGCUUAUUAUAAUCUUCUGA